AUGGAUCCAGUCUCCAUAGCGGCCGCUGUCGGCCCGGCUCUUAAAACCUUGUACUCUGUCACGACGACACUCUACACCUUCAUCACCUCAGCGAAGAAGGUUGGCAAGUCCUUGGAGGACCUCCACGGAGAGGUUCGAGGCCUGACCCGGGUGCUGGAGGAUAUCGAGGCGUUUCCCAAAGAUACCGUCAUCGCUCAAACAAGUUAUGCUUCGUCCAGAACAGAUGGCGCUUGGGACCCAAUACACAAUGCUAUUCAAGAUACCCAGCGCACAAUCAAGGCUCUGCAGAAGGUUCUUGAUCGCCUCGGGCCUCCUAGCGAAGUCACAAAUGGCUUCAAGAAGGCCGUGAAGCAGGUACAACUAAGUAUCAAUUCAGAAGAGAUCAGCAACAUCAAGUCAAGAGUUCAUUGGCACUCAACCAUCCUUCAAAUGGGGCUCCAAACAGCUGCGUUGGCCAUCAUUUGUCGGACCAAUGAUAAUGUAUUGAAUGUCAUCAAUCCAAAAAUCGAUACCAUCCUCCCUCUCGUCUCGAAAGUCGAAGGUCUGGUAAAGCAAGUUGAAAACCUCUCGUCACAGUGGACUACUAAAGAUGACAAAUUACCGAUGGGCUUCCGAAAUCCUGAUAUUGCGGGACAUACUCAGCAAUUGAAGCGCACUGCAGAGGCAGUGAUUGCCUCUGCAAGUACUGUUAUUGAGUCGCAGUCUACCAUUGUGAGUGGAAAAGAUCGACAACAUCCUUCAUCUGCCAGCUCUGGAGAGCUCUCGGAAGAAUCCAAAAAGUGCGGCAUUGAGGAGUGGAUCACCCACCUGACCGUUGAUCACGAGGGACUGAGAUCAGAAUCUCAUAGCGCCAGUGAGCUGAUGCCCGAUGACAGCGUCAGCAGUAUCGGCUUGAAUAGACGCAGACGGUCGCAACAGACCAAUGAAGCGGGAAUGCCAGGGUCUACUUCAGAGACUGGCAAGGAUCCGGGCCCCCCGAAAAGAAUGGACAAUAGAAGGAAAACCCCGACGAAGGAUAUCUUCGAGGAAAAGCUCGCACACCGGAAACCCAACGAAAAGAUUAAAUCUGUCAGUAGUUCAGGAAGACCUCGAUCUCGAUAUAGCCUUCGAACAGAUUCCAACUGGACAUCGAGCGGACCCCAACGUGGGUACGUCUUACAACAAGAAAUCUGCAAAAGAGUUAGUGGCGGCUCUCAUGAUGAGCUUUGA